AUGAAGUUCGCCUACCAGUUCCAGCACUUGUGUGGCAGCGUCUACUCGCAGGGCAACGUGGUCUUCACGCCGGACGGAAACUCUGUGCUAAGUCCUGUGGGCAAUCGCAUCACUCAGUUCGACCUCAUCAACAACACGUCCCGAACUUUUGCCUUUGAAGCGCGUACGAAUGUCGAGCGUAUUGCCGUGUCGCACGACUCGCGGCUGUUGCUCGCGGUGGACGUCGACGGUCGGUGUUUGCUCGUGAACUUGAAGCGAGGUGUUGUGCUGUACCGAUUCCACUUCAAGCACCCCGUGCGCGCGUUGAACUUUAGUCCGGACAAUUGCUACAUUGCAGUAGCGAUCGGCACGAAGGUGCAGCUGUGGCGCACGCCUGGUCUCGUGCGCGAGUUUGCGCCGUUUGUGCUGCACCGCACGUACACUGGCCAUUACGCUGACGUAGUGAGUGUGUCGUGGUCGCAUUGUGCCAAGUUUUUCGUGACGGGAGCCGAAGAUCUGUCGGCUCGAGUGUUUUCGGUGGACCCGUACCCGGGGUUCAAACCGCUGACGCUCUCUGGACACCGUGACGUGGUCGUGGGCGCGUUCUUUGCUGAAGACGACCGAUCCAUUUUCACUGUUGGACGAGACGGUGGCGCGUUCGAGUGGAAAUACAAACUGCCGGACGACGGAGGAUAUGAGGAGGUCGUUGCCAAAUGUGAGGACGAAGACACGGAGGAGAUCGGUGAGGAGGAAGCGGAGGAGAUGGAAGAUGGAAGUAGUGAUGACGACGACAACGAGGAGGUUGAGGAGGAGGAAACAAAGGAGACGGAAAGUGGCAGCAAAGACGAUGAUACGGUUGUGGACAAGAAGCGUACGCGCAAGACGCUGGAGGAGCAAGAAGCUGUUGUUCCAGAAAUUGCGCGUGCUAUCAAAUGGUACACUUGCCAGAAGCAUGUGCUCAAGAUGGACUUUGCCAAGGUGUUGUGUUGCACGUUCCACUCUUCGACAGGCAUGCUCGUGGUGGGCUUUGGCAACGGCACGUUCGGGUUGUACGAGCUGCCGGCUUUCGUGAACAUCCAUACGCUCAGUGUCACGCAGAAUCAGCUGGAAACAGUUGCGGUGAAUGCUACGGGUGAAUGGCUGGCCUUUGCAUCGUGCAAGCUAGGACAGUUGCUGGUGUGGGAGUGGCGCUCCGAGACAUACGUGCUAAAGCAGCAGGGCCACUACUUUGACCUGAAUGCUGCCAGCUACUCGCCCGACGGACGUUUGCUUGCUACGGGUGCCGAUGACGCGAAGCUAAAACUCUGGGACACAAGUAGUGGCUUUUGCUACGUUACCUUUACCGAGCACUCUGCUCCUGUGACAGCCGUGCAGUUUGCUCCCUCGGGCCAAGCCGUUCUGAGCGCGUCUCUGGAUGGCACCGUUCGCGCAUUUGACUUGAAUCGAUACAAGAACUUUCGCGUGCUGACGACACCAGAGCCCACGCAGUUUCUAUCGCUCGCGCUGGAUAUGAGUGGACAAGUGGUGUGUGCAGGGUCAAUGGAUCCGUUUAACGUGUACGUUUGGUCGUUGCAGACUGGGCGCCUCACAGAUGUCCUCAGUGGCCACAGCGGACCUGUAACGUCGCUCUCGUUUUCGCCAUCGUCUUCUGCAGAGCCAAUUCUAGCCUCAGCUUCGUGGGACCACACAGUGCGCCUCUGGAAUUUGUUUGCGAGCAAGAAAAACUUCAUUGAACCGCUCGCCCACCCCACAGACGUCUUGGCGGUGACGUUCCGCCCGGACGGUAAGCAACUGGCUUCAACGACGCUGAACGGCGCGAUUAACAUUUGGGACGUGAAGGACGGCGAACAGGUCGGAACGAUUGAUGGCAAGCGCGAUAUUGCAGGUGGUCGCAAGGACGGUGACCACAUUUCGGCGGCUAACAACCAGCUCACCAAGUAUUUUACGAGUGUGUGCUACUCGGCUGAUGGCUCACUUCUUCUUGCUGGUGGACGGUCCAAGUUCGUGUGCAUUUACGCAGCGGAGCAUCGAAUCUUGCUGAAAAAGUUUCAGAUCUCACACAAUUUGUCGCUGGAUGGCGUCCUAGAAAAGCUCAACAACAAGAACAUCACAGAGAGCGGGCUUAGCAAGAGUGAGUUGGACGCCCAUCUGGAUGACUCGGAGGCAUUGGGCCGAGAUGUUGGCGCUGACCUUGUGGGUGCGAAGCGUGCUGUGGAUCCGGGCAGCCGUCGCAAGAACAUGGAGGUGUUGUCCAAGGCUGUAGUUUUCUCGCCCACUGGCCGUGCUUGGGCUGCUGCGACCAAGGAAGGUCUGCUUAUCUAUGGCCUGGACGAGAGUCUCGCCUUCGACCCGUUCGAGCUGGACGAGGACAUCACACCGGAAACUAUCACUCGAACGCUGGCGCGCCGAGAAUAUGCUCGUGCCUUGGUAAUGGCGCUACAUCUAAACGAGGAGCCGCUUAUUGCUCGGUGCGUGGAAGGUGUUCCGUUGGCUAGCAUUCCGCUCGUGGCACAAACGCUGCGCGGUGAGACGUACCUGCAGCGGUUGCUGCAGCUUCUCGCGAAGCGAAUGGAAUGCAGCCCGCACCUUGAGUUUUACCUUCAGUGGAGUCUUUCUGUGCUGAACACGCAUGGCCAGACCCUGCGAGACGAUUCAUGCAGCAGCGCCACAUGCCUUCCUACCCUGCGUUCACUGCAAAAGAGCGUCGCGCGUCAUUUGCAGGACCUUGCCAAGAUUUGCGAUGACAACCAGUUUACGCUCAGUUAUCUCAAGAACCUCAGCAGGAUGCAGCAGAUGCAGCAAGCUCGUUAG